CUCAACACAUCAAAACUCUCAUUGAUUUCAUUGAUCAUGGAAACUGGGAGAGAGGAUGAGAUUGUGGACAUGCCCAUGUCACCCCCAGUAGUUGGUUCAAAUAUUAACAAUGACUUUUGUCACCACAAAGAGUUCAUGUCUCAGACAUAUAUGCAGAAUAAGUACUCAGAGAUUGAUAUAGACACUGAAGAUUCCAACUUCGAUCAAAAUCGCCCCCUCCCCAUAUUUCUCAAGUUUGAAGAUGUGGAGUAUAAGGUGAGAAAUAGCCAAGCAGGCUCAGGUAACGUUGUGAAGUCAAUGAUGUCAAAGGUAACCACACACCUCACUGUGGAAGAAGAUAGAUACAAGAGAAUUUUGAAGGGCAUCACAGGAAGCAUAGGCCCUGGUGAAAUUCUUGCGUUGAUGGGUCCUUCUGGCAGUGGGAAGACAACCUUGUUGAGAGUUAUAGGAGGAAGACUGGUUGACAAUGUAAAGGGAAAAGUAACUUACAAUGAUGUUCGUUUCAAUCCAGCUCUCAAGAGGAGGAUUGGGUUUGUGACACAAGAAGAUGUGCUUUUCCCACAGUUAACAGUUGAAGAAACUUUAGUCUUCUCUGCACUUUUGAGGCUACCAGGCAGUAUGAGCAAGCAGCAAAAGUAUGCAAAAGUAGAUACCACCAUCAAGGAGCUAGGCCUAGAAAGAUGUCGCCACACAAAAAUAGCUGGAGGAUAUCUCAAAGGAAUAUCAGGAGGAGAAAGGAAGAGAACCUGCAUUGGCUCUGAAAUUCUUGUUGAUCCUUCACUAUUGCUACUUGAUGAGCCAACUUCUGGCCUUGAUUCCUCCUCAGCAAACAAACUCCUUCUCACUCUUCAAGGACUUGCCAAGGCUGGAAGGACCAUAAUCACAACAAUACACCAGCCAUCGAGUAGAAUCUUUCACAUGUUUGACAAACUACUUCUGAUAUCAGAAGGCUAUCCUGUUUACUAUGGAAAAGCUAAGGAAACAAUAGAGUACUUCUCAUUUUUGAGAUUCACCCCUCAAAUACCGAUGAAUCCUGCAGAGUUCUUGCUUGACUUGGCAACUGGACAAGUGAAUGACAUAAGUGUUCCACCAGAUAUCUUUCAAGAUCAAGAAUCUUCUGGCCCUUCAAAAGUUGUUAUUGAAUAUUUACAGCUCAAAUACAAAUCUCUACUGGAGCCAAAAGAAAAAGAACAGAAUCAUAGAGUAGCAAGCACACCAGAACACCUUCAAUUAGCAAUUCAGGUUAAGAUGGAGUGGACAUCUAGUUGGUUGGACCAAUUUAUGAUUCUCUCCAGGAGAACAUAUAAAGCAAGAAGAAAGGAAUACUUUGAUAAGCUAAGACUAUUUCAAGCACUUGGGAUUGCACUUGUGUUGGGGCUCCUUUGGUGGAAAUCUUCAAUCAAUACUGAAGCUGGACUCAGAGAUCAGGUUGGUUUAGCAUUCUACAUCUGUAUAUUCUGGACAUCUUCAUGCAUUUUUGCAGCAGUCUAUGUCUUUCCAUUUGAAGAGUACUACUUGGUCAAAGAAAAUAAAGCUGACAUGUACAGAUUAAGCGUAUACUAUGCAUGUAGCACUCUAUGUGACAUGGUGGCCACCGUUUUCUAUCCUACUUUUUUCAUGCUCAUCUUGUACUUCAUGGCUGGCUUUAACAGAGCUGUUGCUUCCUUCUUUUUGACACUAUUAACUAUUCUGUUAAUAGCUAUAACAAGUCAAGGGGCAGGUGAAAUGUUUGGAGCUGCAAUUAUGAGUGUUAAAAGAGCAGGUACUGCUGCUACUUUGCUACUAAUGUUAUUCCUUCUCACAGGUGGCUACUAUGUCCAGCACAUACCAAAGUUCAUGAGAUGGUUGAAGUAUUUAUCUUUCAUGUACUAUGGUUUUAGGCUUCUUCUGAAAGUGCAGUAUUCUGGAGAUCAGUUAUAUGAUUGUGGAAGCAUGGGAGGGUGCAGGACCCUGCAGAGUUCUCCAACAUUUGACAGUGUAAACUUGAAGGGUGGAUUGAAAGAAGUGUGGAUUCUGCUAGCUAUGGCAUUAAUCUUUCGGUUGUUGGCUUACUUGUGUCUUCGUGUAAGAAUUGUUGGUAGAAAAAACUAAUGUAUGAUGGAUAUCAUUGCUUGAAAUAUGUUACAAACUUGCCACCAUAAAGAAGAAUGAAUAAUACAAAGUCACUCAAUAACUGUGUUUAGUUGGAAAAUAAACUCUGAAACUUGUGUACAAUAAUUCUUGUAAGGUGACUUGUUUGCUAAACAUAAAAUGGACCG